AUGAAGAAGACGGCGCUGAUCGUUGUGGACGUGCAGUACGACUUUAUCGACGGCUCGCUCGCCGUCGAGGGCGCGGAGCGCAUCAUCGAUCCCAUCGUGCACCUCAUCGAAGCGGACUGCUGGAGCUCGAUCGUAUUGAGUCAGGACUUCCACCCGCCGGGACAUAUCUCGUUCGCCUCGACGUACGGCAAGGAGCCCUUGCAGGAGGUGCGGGUACCGCAUCCGAUCACGCCAGCCACGACCGUCCCGCAGAUGCUUUGGCCGGACCACUGCGUGCAGGGCACACACGGCGCAGAGAUCCACGAACGUGUGAUGGCAGCGACCAGGGCCAAGGCGCCAGGCAGCAACGCGAGCGUAGACACGCCUGCUGUAAACGUCGUCGUCAUCCAAAAGGGGGACCACGCCAAUCUCGACGGCUACAGCGCCUUCUCGCUCAACCACUAUGUAGGAUUCACACCGCUCGUGCGAAAAAUGGGUAGUUGGGGCAUAGAGCGCGUCGUCAUCUGUGGACUCGCGACGGACUAUUGCUGCCAUGCGACGGCCGUCGAUGCGCGCAAGUUCGGCUUCGAAACAAUCGUCGUCACAGAUGCAAUGAGGGGCGUCAAUCCAGACUCAACAGCGCGGGCACUGGAGGGACUCAGUAAGUGGGGGUGUGUACUGGUCAAGUCCCCGUCGGAUGCACUUGAGUUGAUUGCGCGGUAGUAUGCUACUGAAAGCAAAGUACUGAGGUUUACGACUGUACAACGUGGAAGGUGAAAUAAGUAACAAAGAG